AUGGCCCACCGUUACCCUCAGCAGACAUUCGCUGUCUAUGCGCACCCACAGUGGCCCGAGGAAGUGAAGGGGCCCUAUCCUGACGACGACGAUUCCAAUCUCGCCGGCGAUCGUCCUUACGACCACAGCACCCAUCAUCCUAUGGCUCAACCAAGCGUGAGCAGGCGGCACUCGCUUGUCAAAGUCGAGGAAGAGUUUGGCGCACCUCAAAUGUGGCAUGACCGGUCACACCCUCAUAUGGUUCAAAUGCGCCACUAUUCUACCCCUGCUGUUCCUAGUAUCAACACCCACCCCGAGCAGAUGGUGCGAUUGCACAGCCAGUCCUACGCUCCCACCUUUGGUCCCUCACCCACCUGGCCCAUGCCUGGUCAUUCUGAAUCAAGCACACCGACGCCCAUGUUUGGUGCAGUCCAAGACCCCAUCCCAGUACAAUUCAACUCUACUACCGGUACAUUUCCUUUCCAGCACGAGCCUUCUUCGGCCAUAGCUAUGUCACCACAGUCGAGCCAGGGUGGGUGGGGCUCGACGACGUCGACGGAUAGCGGUGAACAGCGCCAUGGUCCCGGAAGUCCUCAAUUUCGGGCAAUGUCACCCAAUAAUGUUCUCCGGCCGGAUAGCAUCCGCAAGAAGAAUGCUCGCAUUGAGAUUCCGAAGGAAAUCUCCUUGCUGAACAUCGAUGAGCGUAUCUCUCACGCGGCUGAUGAGAAGGAGAAGAAGGAGCUCAAGCAGCAGAAACGAUUGCUCCGAAACCGACAAGCAGCGCUUGAUUCCCGACAACGAAAGAAGAUGCAUACCGACAGACUUGAAGCAGACAAGAAAGUGUGGUUGGCCGAGGAGAAGGACCUAAAGGAGAAGAUGGCCCACUUUGAGAACGUCGUCGCCCAAGAGCGUGAGCAAAUGAUGCAGCAGCGACAGCAGUACGAGGCUUUCAUCCAAAACCUUCAGUAUGAACGUGACGAGGCGAUCCGCACCAAGACUAUUGAGACUGCCGAGCUUCGACGACAAAACAAUGUCCUCAAGGACUGUGUUCGGGAUCUUGAGCGCCAACAAGCUGCUCGUGGCUUCACCCACAAUCAACCCUCUACUGAUACCUUCGCCAACGACUUUUCAAAUUUCGGAAAUCUCGAUUUGGGUGAUGAUAGCUGGGACGACGAAUUUAGUCUCAUUGACAGCGACGACUUGAAGAUGGAGGGCGGAGAAACACCUCAGCGCCAACUCACACCUCGUCCAUUGCCAACACCACAGUAUGCCACCGCUGCCCCUACCAUCUCGAAUAAAGCCGAUGCUGGCUUCAGUUGGAAUACGUUCUAUAUGUGUCUCCUUUUUGGCGCUUUCAUCGCCUCACAGCCAGCCACGACGACUAUCAAGGACUCCACCACCUCAUCAUCGUCAACAUCUCGGGCCGACCCCCCAUCUGCAUCCAAUGUUGCAUCGCUGCCGACUCUUUCUGACGACUAUCGACUGGAAGCUAGCAACGUUCUCAAAGCUGUCCUCUCCGCGGACAGUGACACCACCACCGACCUGCAGCCUGAUCCCAAUACUGCCUACUCCAUGCUCUCUGGCCAACAUAACCAACAACACUCCUCGCUGGAUACGCUGUCCACUACGCUGACGACCCCAUCCCGUCAGCAACAAGCUGCUGCAGCCUUCUCUCUCACGCCAACACAAUACGAACACAUCACAAAUCCAGAUGGGAUGCUUGACAUGCCUUCUCCCAUCAAUCCCGUGGACAAUAUUGACAAAGAGGCAAAAUCCACCCCACUGCAGGCCAUUUUUGCGACCAUGCAGGCAGAGCGCGACACUGUCGACCGCUUGACAGGUCUUGGUGGUAAGACCCGCGAACGAUCAGUCUUGUUGGAGCGAGUGCCGGAGAAGGUCUUGCGAGACUUCCGCGCACUCGUCGCCGAGACACAGGCGAGGAAGCAGACCGAUGUCUGA